CAGAAGCCGGGAAGGACGCCGUUGCUGGUGGCCCGGUUCUGGAGCAGGAGGGCCGGCUACCAUUGGGGAGGAAAGAUCAGCCAGACUGAGAAAAUCUUUGGCUGCACCUGGAACUUUCCUGCCAGUGACAAAAAUAUCUACUGUGAUGGCUUUUACUGAAGAUUUUAUUGGACUGUGGAUGCACAGAGACUAAAGGCAUUUGGGUUAUCCACCAUUCCCCAGCACACAGAGAAUUGUGUCCCAGCCUCCAUUUUGUCACAGUCAGUAAGUCAUGACGGGGAAAAUGGCUUCCAGCCUGACUUGUACAGGGGUUAUAUGGACAUUUUUUUCUUUCCUCUGCGCCGGGGUCUCCUGCGUGGGCUUCUUCAUGCCGUACUGGCUGUUGGGAUCUCAGCUGGAGAAAUCAGUGUCCUUUGGCACCUUCCGGAGAUGUUCCUACCCAGUACGAGAUGAGAUCCGCCAGAUCACAGUGAUGGUGGAGCAGUGUGGACGCUAUGCAUCCUUCCAGGCCAUCCCAAGUGUGGAAUGGAGGAUCUGCACGGUGGUGACGGGGCUAGGCUGUGGCCUUCUCCUUCUGGUGGCCCUGACUGCCCUGAUGGGGUGCUGCGUGUCCGAGCUGAUCUCCAGGACUGUAGGCAGAGUGGCUGGAGGCAUCCAGUUCCUGGGAGGCUUGUUAAUUGGUUCUGGAUGUGCUCUGUAUCCUUUGGGCUGGGACAGUGAAGAAGUCCAGCAGACCUGUGGCAACAUUUCCAACCAGUUUGAACUGGGUACCUGUGAAAUUGGAUGGGCUUAUUACUGUACUGGUGGAGGAGCUGCUGCAGCCAUGCUGAUCUGCACUUGGCUGGCCUGUUUCUCUGGCAAGAAACAAAAACAAUAUCCUUACUGAGGCCAGAAGGAGGCAGAACAAAAGGAAAAUCGGUUUAGAGAGGGAGAAAGAGAAGGGAAAAAUUAAAAAAAGAAAAGGAGUAUGCAAACUUUUGUUGGAAGGAGAGUGCAUUAGCUCUUCACUGUAGCCAGGUCAAUACAAACGAGAGUCAAUAAUAUUGGAAUGGAUGUGUGACACUGUGAAUUGUGAGGUAUUCUCUGUAUCUCUGGGGUAUUAAACUACAUGGGACUUUGGCUCCCGAUACAUUAUUUGUAGCCUAUUCUGGUAUAGUAGAACUACAGGAAGCCUCCUCCAUCUCAGGGGGAAACACUAUGGAGUUUUUAGCAGAAAGGGUUAAAAAACAUACAUGGGGGGGACAAGGGUUUAGCUUUAUAAAGAAUUCUUCCACAUAUUAGCAAAUCUGAGGUAAAGAGGGCAUUUCUUAGCAGUUUUGCUGCUCACUUAGAUGUGAGUAUGCAGUGGGUUUCCAGAAGUGGUCACUUCAACACAGCUGGAGCAGCUGCUACUUGACUUUGUGUGUGUGUUUGUGUGCGUGUGUGUGUAUGCGUGUGUGUGGAGAGUACCGAUUUUCAGGCCUUAAAAGUUUUUGCCUUGAAACUCAAAGAGUUCAGAGGCUUCCCCAACCUGAUGUGUUGGGCUCCCAUUUGAUGUUCAGAUUUGGAAUUAAACUUAGUAUGAAAAGAGACUCUUUCUGAAUGAGACUCCUGAAAGCACAUCUGCCUACCUUUGCACAGACACUUUGCCUUCAUACACACAUAACAAAUGGAAGCCUCGCGUAUUAAUUUUACGAAAAAAAGAGAAGCCUUCAGUUUGUCCAGUCCGUCUUCUGUGUGCCACAGAGCAGCUGGAAUAGAGUUUACAGUGGAAGGCGCUGUUACUCAGGCAUAUGGCAAGAGCUGACAUAACCUUUUCACCUUCAUCUAAAAAAGCACAGGCAACCACAUCAAAUCCUCGCUCUCUUUGUAGAAAUAUAUAGCAACUCACCCUUCUCCUUCCUCAUACAUGCAGCCAUGCCACAUAUUCCAAAUAUGCAUAGCACAAGGGUAUUCUCUCUCUCUCUCUCUCUCUCUCUCUCUUUGAUAUGAAGAGCCAUCUAUUGACAGGUAAUUGGAAGUGGCAAAACAUGGAAGGUGAGGAAAAAGUUCCCACCCACCCCCAUAAUAUUCCUAAGUGAAGCACAUUUUCAUGUCAAGAAAGGGUUGUUAUUAAGCUAUGUUUACAGACCUUGAAAUUUAAGGCAUAAUGGUGACCUGGCCUAAGUCUUCCUGCAUUGUUUCAUGCACAACACCCGCUUUCUUCCAUCAUGUUAAUAUACCCAUGUAGCCCUUUUCUCAACCAGUGCAUGCACACGUCUCCACCUUCAUUUUGGAUGGGGGAAAAAAUCACUUUCAAAUCUCAUUUUUUUUACAAGCGUCUCUUCUCCGUUGAUACGAGCUGUCCCUUUUCUCUGCUCGCUCCACAGAGAAGGAACCAAGCGACACCGAGGCCCUCCUUUCCCCUUCCUUUUCUUCACAGGGUGGCUUCAAAGGGUGGAAGGGGCCGAAAGUCACUUCCCCAGGCGCCAUGCGCUGCUCUUGCGUGAGGGGGAAAUGUGCGUUGCUGCUUCUGCAAGGCCUACUUUCUCCUGAGGAUGGAGCUCAGGCAUUUGUCACUUUCAUACACCACCAAGAGGUAGCAACAAAGGACGUGUCAUUCCUCUUUACUCGGUCUGUCAGUUUGUUUGAGACCACUACGCGCUUGUUUAUUCCAUCGCUGCUUCGGGUGUUAGCCACUUACACAAAAGUACUGUGGAAAAGAGCAGUUGCAUUGAAUCGUUUAUGCACUUCAUAGCUUCCCCCCCCCACUAAUUAUUUUAUUUGAAUUUCAGUAUUAUACCGCAACCUAAUGGACUAAUGGGCCAUUUUUUUUCAGUAUUUUAUAUAAUCCAUGUACACAUUUUCUCAAGUUUUAUUAACGGCCCUUUCAGGCCUAUAUAAAUGUUAUUAACCUCAACAUUUUCAAGAUUGAUACAAAAAUGCAAUAUUUUAUUCAGCGUAUGUAGCCUUUUAGAUAGAGCGUUCCCACAAAGGGCAAUGAGAGGACAAGUUUGUCCAGUGAGAAUUGUGUGAGUGAUGCAAUAGGGUAAUACUACUUAUGCAAGAGCAAUGACAGACAUCUUCCAAGUUUUGAAACUAAUACUGUUAGUUAAUUAUUGUUGUAUUGUGCUGUAUUGUUUAUUUUACUAUUCUUCUUUGUAAUGUAAUAUAAAAUGUACUAUUUUGUUUGUAUUUUAGAAUCAGUGUAAAUAAAUGUCUUAGCUAAGUAA